GGUCAGGGAAGUUUUAGGCAAAAUUCACAGAGGAGCUCCCACCCCUCCCCCCGCCGCCGUUUCCACCCUGGCGCAGGGACCGACGGGACUGGGCCACUGCCCAACUGCCUCAGGGGAAGACGAGGCCCGGAAGCCCCGAGGCCGGUAGGGGCCAGAAGAGGGCUACAGGGAGCCCCCAGGCCUCGGCCAGCCGUCGCCCGCAGCCCAGAGCUAACUCCUCAGCCCCGGAAAGGCGGGGCCUCCGCCUUUCCCGCGUACGGGUCUCGCCGCCCCGCUCAGCCUCCUCGUAGGCCUUGCGCCAUUGCUGCUACUAUCGGCCGAACGGGGGCGCGGAGCUGGUCCCGGGGCGGGAUGCGGCCGCCCCUGGGGCGGUGGUGGCUGCUAAUCUGGCUGCAGCCCUUGUCCGCGCCGCCCGCUGGCGCGGUGCGCGGAGAGGAGGAGGCGGCGGCGGCGUUGGCAGUUCCAAGGUGUAAAGCUCUGAAGGAAAUGGAUUUAAUUAAAACUUCUGAGUCAGACUGUUACUGCUACAAUCGAAAUUCCCGAAUGGAGUGGAAAUACAUGUGGUCAACUCUGCAGGUGAAAAUUACCAGUUCAGGCCUGCUCAAUAUUGCAUAUAUCACAGGAAGACAUAAUUGUCAGUAUCCAGAAACCAUUCUAUCUUUUAUCAAAUGUGUGAUUCAUAAUUUUUGGACACCAAAGGAGUCUAAUGAAGUUACCAUGAUCAUCAAUCCAUAUGGAGAGACCAUGUGCUUCUCUGUGAAGCCUGUCAGGAAGAUAUUUAUGUAUACAAUUAGUGUGAAUCGAAACAUUGUGGAUUUCAAACUCUUCCUUGUGUUUGUAGCAGGUAUUUUCCUCUUCUUUUAUGCAAAGACCUUGAGUAGAAGUCCUAUUUUCUUUUACUCUUCUGGGACCGUGCUAGGUGUUCUAAUGACGUUAGUCUUUGUCCUGCUUCUGGUGAAAAGGUUUAUUCCUAAGUAUAGCACCUUUUGGGCUCUAAUGGUUGGUUGUUGGUUUGCUUCAGUUUAUGUUGUAUGCCAUUUGAUGGAAGAUCUGAAGUGGCUAUGGCAUGAAAACAGAAUAUAUAUAUUAGGCUAUGUUUUGGUAGCUGGAUUUCUCAGCUUUGCUGUUUGUUAUAAGCAUGGGCCCCUGGUUGAUGAAAGGAGCGUGACUCUUUUGACGUGGACACUGCGGCUCCUCGCCCUGGUUCUGAUCUAUUGUGGAGUCACCGUGCCCCAGGGCUCCUAUGCAGCUCUGAUCCUCAUCCUGGCCUCCAGGAGUCUACGCUACCCACUGAAGGCGUUCACUUAUAUGAGGUGGAAAAUGAAGAAAUGGUGGACAUCCAAGAAGCCAGUGUUUAAGUAUCUGACUGAAGAUGAGUACCGGGAACAGGCUGAUGCUGAGACAAGCAGCGCCCUGGAGGAGCUUCGUGGAGCCUGCUGCAGGCCCGACUUCCCCACGUGGCUGGUAGUCUCCAGACUCCAGGCUCCUAACAAAUUUGCAGACUUUGUUCUUGGAGGAAGCCACUUGUCGCCUGAAGAAAUUAGUCUGCAUGAAGAGCAAUAUGGUUUUGGGGGUGCCUUCUUGGAAGAACAGCUUUUUAACCUGAGGACUGCCUGAUGACCAUCUAUGCAUUGACUUCAUUCUGGACAAGAAAUGGGUUAAGGGCAAGGAUCCUAUUAACAUUGGGCAGAACAGUUCUAGGGAACAGUGGCAAAAGCAUUUGCUAUGGAGAAGAGUCAUACUGGAAAGGAAAACUAAACACUAUUGAAGAUAACUUCUCGUUCUUGGUGAGUUCUGCUACUUAUUGUAGUCAUCAAGAUUUUGUGAGAGUCAUUGCCACUUUCCUUGAAUGAAGACUUUCAUUAGGAGCAAGAGAAUCAUGUUGAUCUUCAAAGAGCAAGUUAACAUGAACAUCUGCCUUGUCAACACCAGGCAUUAAAUCUUAACCUCAGAACCUGUGUCUGAAGACUGCAUAUAAGUGUUGGAAGAGAUCUGAGAUAUGCUGGACCAGUGUUUUCCAAAGUAUAAUCCACAGGGUGCUAAUAAGUGCUAGUCAGUAAAGGGAUUGUGAGGUCAACUAAGAUAGAAACAAAGUUAAACAAAUGUACCGCAGGACUUCUCAGAGCCUUUAAUACUGACGAUGCACGUUGUCAAUCUCCUGGAUAGAAACUGUGUGCUGCCAUUUCUGACUUAAUUUGACCACAGAACCCUUUUCUGUGAGAUUGAUAUUCCUUGGAGCAGUUUGGAAAAUGCUAAUGAUGGCAGAAUUGAGAUUUGGGGAGGUUCAAUAACUUGUCCAAAACUACAAAGCUAUUUAGAGGCAGCACUGGGACUAGACAUCAGCCCUAAUGUUACCUACAACUCAGGGUUAAGAAGAGACCUUCAGAGGUGAGCCUAGGGGCCAUCUCCCCAUAGACUUGGAUCUCACAGUAUUGGUGACUUUUUUAUUUUUUAAUAAUGGACAACUAUCUAUUUGAUAACUAUGAUAGAGAAACAUUUCCUAAGAUUAUAUCUUAAAGUUUGAUAAGAUUUUUAUAGACAUAAAUUUUAGAAAGAAUUAUUUUCUAUAAUUUUUUGUAUAUUGCAAUUGAAGACACUUAACCUCUUGUGACAUUUUGAGUUGACUGGUCCAUUUUUAAAAUUUAGUUAUAUAUAUUUGUAACAGUUUCCUACACAACAGACUUGUGAUCUUUCUUCAGAGAACAAAUAUUUUUUUCUUGAUUCUCCGGAGUGAAAUGACCCUGAGCUUUGACCCUGGGGAAAGAAGGCCAAAACUAAGAGCUGAGAAAAGAUCUGAACAUGGCAAAACAAUCUAAGGGUUAAGAUGUGCUAAAUUGAUUCACUUUAAGGAGGUUUUGCUGUGUUGAGUUCUUAAAGAGGCAUACAGAAUGAGGAAUCUCUUUUUACUAGGAGGGAUGUGGAUACGGAGGAAGGACAUUACAGAAAAUUUAGGAGCUGCUUUCCUGAGCCAAGAUCAGUAGAGUGUUUCUAAUUGUUAAAACAAGAGCAUGGCUACCCAUUUGGAACUUUCUAGGUUGAUUUUCAAAUAAUAUUUUCUCUUUGAAGCAGUGUGUAUUUUACAAGUUCCUCUUUUUACAAGACACCUUCCAGUAUUAAGAGCUCUGCAGUCUUUGUGAAGUGCACUAAAUUCAAUCUGUGCUUUCACAUAGAUUGAUUUCAAAUAUCAAAGAAUCUUCCAUUCAAAUUUAUUAUGAUUAUGAUGAUGACUGUUUUAUAAGUGUAAACAGGUCUGACACUUUUGUUAUAGUUUUAUCUGAAUUUUUUAUAAUUAAAUUUAUUGCCGGUAUAUUA